AUGUUCACGUCGACAAUGGCGCCGAUAUUGCUCGGCGCGCUCCUCGACAACGAUACUCUGACGACGACGACGAGCGCAUCUCCAGCGAACGCCAUCGUUGACUAUGUGAAGCGGGUGAAGAGCAUUUAUCAGUGGCUCAUUCCCUUGAUGAUCAUCAUUCUUCUGGUGAGUUCUGACGGGUUCAGCUGAGAAAACGGGGUGGAAAUAGCCGGCAAUUUAAGCUGUCAGGAUGCGAAAACAAGUCCUAGUUCAUUUUUACUUACUUCGUAUGAUGUGAAGACGUGUGUUGACAGAGCUGUUUCCGAGUAUUCGGAGAUAGAGGAAAAUGUGUACAUAAACUGUGAACAAUUGGGAGUGUGGAUGAAUUUGAAGAGAGUAAAUCGCGCGUGGGAUAAUGAUGAGCAUGGAGUAAAAUGCCUGAAUUGAUUAACAGAAAAGAGGGUUCUAUGAGCAGAAACAUUCCAGAUGGCCAUCCUCGGAAACGGUCUCAUCGUUCUCUCCUCUCCGUGGCUCUCUUCCCCAGUCUCCCCGUACCUCAAGCUCUGCAUUUCUCUUGCUGCAGCCGAUAUGUGGGCAGCCACACUUCUCAUAAGUGGUGAGAUUUGCACUGGACCCACAUCCCCAAUGACUUCCGCAAUUUUUCCAGGUCUUAUUGUCAACUCGUACCUCCCAGUCGUGUUUGGAUAUCGGAAAACGUCGCACUGCUGGGACGCCUUUUUGGAAAUGUUCCGGAUAUCGGGAAUGCUCACUUCUGACAUGCACCUCUUCGCCCUGGCAAUCAAUCAGUUCCUCGGCACUAUGUACCCAUUGAAAUACAAGGUAUUUGUGAUUUUUGGUUUAUUUAUUUCCCCUUAACAGUAAGAACGCUCCAGAUAAUGGUGACCACUCGCCGUCUUCGUUACAUCGUUUUCUGUCUCUGGGUCGUUCCGCUCAUAUUCGUUUUCGGAUGGUUUGUGGCGAAUGAGGACGACGGACUGCGGCACGAGUACUGCCAAUUCAAGUUCUACAACAGAUUCCCGUUCCGGAUAACCAUCUUCCUCAUCUUCAUGCUUCCGCUCAUCUCAACUCUCGUCAUUUACGGAGCCAUUCUUGUGAAACUUCUGAAAGCGAAAGUGGAGUUUGAAACGUACUGCAGCGACCGAAGACUCGAGAUCAGCAGUACCAAGACACCGUGAGUCCCAUUUUAGAAUUUAAAUAAUCUUCUCAUGUUUGCAGAGCCACCAGAAGUUACAGCGCUCGGUCGACGAAUGUGUACUCGAAACUGAAAUUGGUCUGGACGACCCUUCUGAUCGUGUCCACGUUCUCCCUGUCUUGGGGACUGUGCGUGCUCUAUUUCGUGAUGGUCUGUGCGGAUGGAUGCAUGCUCAUCUACCGGGAGAACAUCGGACUCUACAUGAGUCUCUUCCUCAACUCAACUGUGAAUAUCUUGGUUAGUUCCUAUCUAAACUUCCCUUUCUCAACUUCCCUUUAUCUUCAGGUAAUGCUGAAAUUGGCGUCCAAUCCGUUCAUCUACACUCUUCGCAUCAAAGCGAUCCGCUGUUCGGUCGACCACUUCAUGAACAGAAUCCGUGGGCGUCCGUACGAAUCCAAAAACUACCUCCACAGUUUGGUUCCCACGACGACCAUAGAACCGACUGCAAUCUGA